AUGGAAAAAAAUUGUGAUCUUGAUGCAUUAACAUCUAAUCUCACAUCUAAAAAUGAUGCGUUUAAUGACGAAGUUGAAGACUUAAAAAACGAUAAUCAUGAUCUAAUCUCUAAAAAUAAGAAAUACACAGAAGAAAUUCAUCAGCUGAAAAUGAAAAAAGGACUUAGUACUAAAUUUGAUAAUUCAAACACCUAUAAUCGUCUUAAUCUGUCGCCUGUCGCAGUGACUAAAUUACAAAACUGCACUGAAUGGUGGUGCCCAAAGCAUUCGAAUUUUAAGACUAUUAUUAAGACAUAUAAACCGAAAUCGGAUGAAGACAAAGCAAUAAUACGCCGUGUAAAAGGUAGAGUUAAAUACUGGAAUAACAAAGAUAAUGAGGAGAAAUGCUGUAAAAAUGAUCGUCAAUAUAAAGAUAGCAACAAAUUUUUUUCACCAUCAAAUUGGCCAAAGUCCAAAAUGACCUAA